AUGCCACCCUCGGGCCUCGCGAUCCUGCUCGGCGCCGGUCCCACCACCGGAGCGGGCAUCGCCCGCGUGCUGGCCCGUCCCUCACAAGGGAACCUCGCCGUCGCACUACUCUCGCGCAGCGGCGAUGCGUCCCUCGCGGACCGCCUCUCCCAGGAGUCCGGCGGCGGGGUGCUCAAAGCCUUCCAAUCCGACACCACGGAGACCAGGCUGAACGACGCGUUCCGCGACGUCCGAAAAUGGGCGGCCUCCCUCGACGACGGCGGGGACCUCAAACUACAACUCGCCAUCUGGAGUAUCAAGCAUAGUCACAAGACGGCGUUCGAGGACGAGACCUCGUCCCGCUUCGGCGAGUCCCUGCAGGUCUAUGUCACGGGCGCGAUGGUCUUUAGCCAACUCGCCCUGAAGUGGUUCUUGGACCAGUAUCCGGGCGCCAAUGCUAGCGUCAGUCCCGGAGACCCUGGGAGCGGCGAGGAGCACGAGAUGGUCAAGAAAGGGACUUUAAUCUUCACGGGCACGCUGGGCGCGUUGAGGACGAAUCCCGGGUAUGCGGCGUAUGGUGCGGGUAGGGCCGGAGUCAGGAUGUUGGCGCAGAGUCUGGCGAGGGAGUACUCGGCUAGAGGGGUGCAUGUUGUGCAUGCGAUUGCGAAUGGGGGAAUCGUGGAUGCUGAUGCCUCUUCUGCUGCGGGUGAUGAUGAUGCGGCGACGAAGGAGAAGAGGGCCAAAGUCUUGCUGGGAGAGAAGAUACGCGCGGAGAGUGUGGGACGGUUGUAUCUGGAUUGUAUGCGGCAGACCUGUGACUUGUGGGUUCAAGAGUUGGAUAUGAGACCCGCGAGGGAGAAGUUCUGA